CCUAAACUACACCAAUACUAAAACAGUAGUCGUUUACUAUAACACAUUAUUUAAAAAUGUCAGGAGUUUGGGUAUUCAAAAACAAUGGAGUCUUUAUGCUGGAAAAUCCCGGAGCUGAAGAGGGAAGACAAGGAAGUGUUUCGUCGAGAAGAAAUAAGGUUUUGGUGCACUUGCCGAGCGGUAAAGCUAUAACAUCAUACUCUUGUCUGGAGCAAAUCCUGAGAGGUUUAGGAUGGGAGAGGUAUUACGGAGGAGACUCUGAUCUUUUCCAAUUUCACAAGCGCUCUUCGAUUGACCUAAUCUCUCUUCCAUGGGAUUUCUCAAAGUUCAGUUCUGUUCACAUGUACGACAUUGUCAUCAAGAACCCCCAUGUCUUCCAUGUCCGUGAUAUGUAACAAAUAAACCUACCUCGCCUGCCUAGCUACCCGAUGUUUGUAUAAUAAAAGUUGGAAUUUGGAUUGCUCUUCAUUUCCAUUUCUUUUCUUUUACAAAAAUUUCUUCUGUAAUAGUGUGAAGUAAAAUAUAGUAUUGUGUUUAAUAUAAGCAUCGAUCAAUGAUGAAAAAA